GAGGUGUGGCACAGGGCCAUCGACCUCAUACUAGCGCAGGAGGCUGAAAAGGCCGAUGCAUUGUUGCUGCGGGUCAUCUCGCACAUGUACACGCACAGCGAGCGCUUCAAGACGAUUGAUGAAGAUGAAGGUCCUGCUUGGCAAAUCAUCCGCGGAAUCAGGGAUGCCAUCCGGGACAGACCGAUGCACAGUACAACGCUCAAGGUCCGCGCAGAGCCGUCUUCUCGCAGCGGCGUGACCUCCGAGGUGAGCGCUGACCGCCCUGUGCCGCCUGAGACAGAAGCUGCUACGGAACAAGUGGCGACGGACCGGCUGAACACCAUUACCAUGGAGGAGACUGCACAGAUUCAACGAGUACGCCCCGAUGACCCAGUUGAUGCACCCGACGGAACGGAGACGCUGAAGGUGUCAGAUGUUCACCAUGUGAAGCUCACUCUCGACAACCUGCUCGACUAUGCGAG